AUGAAAAGAUUCGUUAACGUUGCGCAGUGUCCCUGCCCGCCUUCCUCGCCUGAUGAGGUUAGGACAGUUUGCUUUGGCUAUGUGGCGGAGGAGGAUAAGCAUAUAUUAAAAAAUCAAAUGAAUGAGGCAGAUGUUGCCAGUGAAACUGUAUGUAAACAAUCAAGUCAAGAUGAUGGUGAUGGUGAUAAUGAUGAACAUGAUGAUGAUGACAUCAAGAGAAACUUUCCAGAAUCGAAGGAAGAGCGAGUAUUACUGAUAAAACGUGCUCUUUUAGCUGAACAACAAUGGUUUCAAAAUUUGGAAAUAGUUGAAAUUUUUACGAAGCUGGAAAAUAUUUUACGGGAAAUUUGUAAAAAGAUGAAUCUAUCUGCUAAAGUGGAUUCUUCAAUCAAGUUGGGAGCAGAAAAUCCAACGACAGAAAAACUUUCAUUAGUGCAACGAACAGGAGCGGAAGUAUUCAAAUGUUCUGUUAUUCUGCUUGGCGAGAGUGUUAUACAAACUGAGGUAACAAUCAAGUAUCCGAAAAUGUCUGGUGGUGUUUACCGCGGAGUUGCACAACCCGAUGUGCAGUGGAAAUUGCAGCAGAUACAAGAUGCCGAUAAUUACUAUGUUAAGGCUCUAAGUAUGCUUGUUCAAGGACUGAAAUGGAUUAGGCAAAUAUCACCUGAUGAUAUUGGUAAGAUGUCAUCCAGCGUUACCACUACUGUAGCUAAGGUAACAAGCCUAAUCGGACAGGCACGUUCAACAUUAUGCGUGCCAGAAAAACGUACCUUAUUAGAAUUGUGUAAUUCAACGAUGUCACGAUGUUUCAAUCCUCCAUUGCCACCUGAUUUGGUUUUCUCAUAUUAUAUAAGCGUAAAUCGCCUUGUUUGUGCUGCAUAUCAAGUUACAGCAAAAACUAGUGGUAAUCAAGGUUUGACAGUUACCGUAGCGGAUUGCUUGCUUCCGCGGCUCGUGGAUGUUUUAUUCUUAACAGAUAGAGCUCUGAACAUAGCGCAACAAUUCAGCUAUAAUAUAUAUUUAACCAUCCUUACUAAAAUGUCAGCAACUCAAAAUUUGGAAAAGGUACACACCAUACUGCUGUAUUUGGAAAACAUUUUAUGCCUUCAAGCAAACAAGGCAAAACCGUCAUCAGCAGUUAUUCGCAAGAAGAUUCUACCAUUGCUAUAUUAUUUGACGAAGUUUGCUGUUUCAACAAAUCUAUUCACCGAACGAAGUAAAGAUCAACUGAUCACUAUUAUCAAUUUAUUAGAAAUUGGUCUGAAAUUCUAUAGCUGCACAAAGAUUCAAGAUACUUCAUCAGAAACUCUCGAUUCUUUUUGUUCUGGACGAAAAGAAGCUAUUGAACGUACCAUUGUUAGAGACAAAUCACAACUUCCCACUAUAGACGAUAUUUCCGGACAAACAGAGGCUAAAAAGGCUCUAAUGGAAGCCGUUAUUGAUCCCGUAUUGUAUCCGGAAUGGUUUGCAACAUCAGGCCAUAAUCCUUGGCGCUGUGUUCUCCUUUAUGGUCCACCAGGAACCGGCAAGACAUGCUUGUCCCAAUCAAUUGCACGAGAAAUGAAUACCAGAUUUUAUCAGGUUUCUUCCUCAGAUUUAAUUUCAACCUGGAGUGGUCAGAGUGAAAAAUUAAUUCGUGAACUUUUCGAUCAUGCUUUAGCCCACAGUAGUGCUUCAGUUAUAUUUAUCGAUGAAAUUGAUAGUUUGUGCCGGGUCAGACAGAUAACUGAAGAUGAUAAUAUUAGGCGUGUUAAGACAGAGCUAUUUCUGCAACUUCAAAGACUGCAUAGUUCGCAUAGUUCUGUAUUGCUUAUUUGUGCAACUAAUUGUCCAUGGGAAUUGGAUGCAGCUUUCUUAAGACGUUUCGAAAAAAGGAUUUUUGUUAGUUUACCUGAUGCUGCAUCAAGAAGAAUGCUGUUAAAGAAAUUCCUAAAUAAACUUACUAUAUCGAGCGAUAUUAAUUGGAAUGUUUUGGAAACUUUAACAGAUGGUUUCAGUGGUGAUGAUCUAAGAAGAUUUGCUCGCGAAGUUGCUUUUUUACAUUUUACUAAGUUCAAGGAGUUAUACAAUUUUAAUUGCGCUGUUAGCAGGUCGAGUUUAGUAGCUCAGAUUCCAGUAACAAUGAAGGAUUUCGAAGAAACACUUCGAAAAUUUUCCCCAACUUUAGGUGGAUACACGCUGUCAAAAUAUAUGGAAUUUUCGAAGCAAGUUUAA